AUGGCUGCCCCGGAACUUCAGCCCCUCGGUCUCUUCUUGCAAGAGCAGCGCUCGACGAAUCUGCGUCAGAGUGCCCUCAUCCAGGAUCAGCAAAACCUCAUCGAGCUUCUGGGAGGGAUCCUGGUCGACAACGGAUUAGGCGACAUCCUUGAGACGAACGGCAUCGACCGGCCGCGGAAGCCGGCUUCGAGUUCCGAGUCGGGUGCAUUCAGCCGCACCUUUGGGCCAACGUCGGCGCCCAUCAUCUGGAACGGGACAGACCGAGACGCCAUACCGCUCACCAUCGACGGCGUGCCGCACCGAGCCCAGAUCCUGGCCGCAGGCACCGUCGCGUCCUGGAACCGGGUCAUGGAUCUCUGGGUCAAGCUCGCGACCUGCAGACAGCACCACAUCCAAGUGGCGCACAGCCGGGCCACCCUGCAGCUGGAGAUGGACGCCUUCGCGGAGGGCCGGGUGGCGCCGGAGCACGGGCAGGAGAGGGUGGAGGAGCUGAUCGCGGAGUGCGACGACGACAUUGAGAAUCUGGACGUCAUGCACGAGAAUACGCGCUUCGAGAUCUGGGGCGUCUGCAAGGCUAUUGCGGCCGAGAUCAUGCAUCCGCUCUUUCUCCAGGCUGGGUUGCGGGUGAAGGGGGACCCGACGGAGUGGAUGACCGAGAUCUACGGGGAUCAAACCGGUCGCCUGGAGCCCAAGGUCAUUGCCGACGAGGAUACCGUGAAUGUGUUCACGGAGGGGCUGUGGCGAGGCUAG